AUGCAGCAGGGAGAUGUCGUGCGGUGUUCCGCAGGGGUCGGUCCUGGGACCACUCUUGUGGAACAUAGGGUACGACACCGUUCUCCGCGGGGCGCUGCCUUUCGACUGCCACCUCGUGCGGACGAUACGUUGGUGGUCGGGGGCGAGGAUUGGGAAGCGGUCCGGAGAAAGGCCGACCUCACACUGGCCGGGGUGGUCCGGGCCAUCAGGGUGCUCGGGUUGGAGGUGGCUCCUCAGAAGACGGAGGCGUUGUUCUUCCACGAUGGGUCUCUGGGGAAGCCGCCUCCUGCCCGAAUCAGAGUGGGGGACGCGACCGUGGAGGUUGGUACCGAGAUAAAGUAUCUCGGCCUCAUCCUUGACGGUCGCUGGGGCUUCGUCGAGCACUUUGCUCGACUUAGCCCCAAGUGGGAACGUCAGCCGGACGCACGGCUCAUGCCCAACCUGGGCGGCCCGAAUCCAGCGGUGCGGAAGCUUUAUGUGCACGCCGUCCUGUCGGGGCUCCUGUAUGGGGCCCCCGUGUGA